UUUUAAGCCGAGAACUAAAAGUAUGAUGCGGGGGCUUUCACACUCACACAGACUCCUGGGUGUCAACAAGGCAGUAAGUUUCACAGGGGAGCAGCAUUACAAGUGGAAGCACAAAGACAAAGAGAAUGCUGAGGAGCCUGAGCAGAGGGCUGUGGAAUUACCGCACCGUUAUCUUCAUCAUCCUCACACCACUGCUGCUGCUUCCUCUUCCACUGGUCGUCAGGACAAAGGAAGCAGAAUGUGCUUUUGUGCUGCUUCUGAUGGCGAUGUACUGGGUGACGGAGGUGAUUCCUUUGUCCAUGACGGCCAUGCUCCCUGCUGUCCUCUUCCCCGCAUUUGGCAUUAUGAAGUCGUCUAACGUGGCAAAGGAGUACUUCAAAGACUUUCACUUCUUGUUAGUGGGGGUCAUCUGCCUGGCUACAUCCAUUGAGAAGUGGGGCCUACAUCGCAGAAUAGCACUGAGGCUCGUCACUAUGGUGGGAGUAAACCCUGCAUGGCUGAUGUUGGGCUUCAUGUCUGGCUGUGCCCUCCUUUCCAUGUGGGUUCAAAAUACCUCUGCAGUUGCCAUGGUGAUGCCCAUUGUAGAAGCUGUGCUCCAGCAGAUCCUGAAGGCCAAAGAGUCAGGAUGUGUCGGCAAAGUCAACCCUAACCUGCAGCUGGAUGAAACUGAUAGCAGCACUGAAAGCAUGAAGGAAGAUGUAAGCGAGGAGAAGAAAGCUGAUGGUCCAACAGACGACUUCACAUGUGUUGAGAUUCAAACACAGCUCCAGCCUGAUGUGGCUCAGACUGGAACAUGUGAUCCUGCUGCUGACAGCAGGAGUAAACAGGACCUAAUGAUGUGCAAAGCAAUGUGCAUCGGCAUCGCCUACUCAUCCAACAUUGGUGGCAUCAGCACGCUGCCAGGAACCUCUCCCAACCUCAUCUUCUCUGAAUAUCUCAAUCAGAUUUACCCAGACUGCAACUGUAUCAACUUUGGGAACUGGCUCCUGAUGUGCCUUCCCAUCAGUGUUAUCAUGCUCUUCCUCACAUGGAUAUGGCUGUACUGGCUGUUCCUCGGCUCAGACUUCAAAUUCCUGUGGCAGUGUAAAGGAGAGCAGUCUGAGAAAGAGAAGGCGGCAAGGAAGGUUAUAGAGGAUGAAUGCAAAUCAUUGGGAGCUAUGAGCGCCCAGGAGAUCUUCACUGGCACGGUGUUCCUGCUGAUGGUGUUGUUGUGGUUGACCAGAUCUCCAGGUUUCAUGCCGGGCUGGGCUUCUUUCUUUCCCCAUCACUCAGGCUACAUCACUGAUGCUACUGUGGCCCUGUUGCUGGGCCUCGUCUUUUUUAUCGUACCUGCCUAUGGACCUGACAGGAAAUAUGAGGCCAUGAUCUCCUGGGAGGAAUUUCAAGCCUCCAUGCCAUGGAAGGUUGCCCUGCUGGUUGGUGGGGGAUUUGCACUCGCUGAAGGAGCAAAGGAGUCAGGCCUGUCCCUGUGGGUGGCUGAACUGCUGAAACCUCUGGGUGACCUGCCAGUCUUGGCCACUGUUGCAGUUGCCUGCAUCAUUGUCACCACACUGACCGAAGUGGCCAGCAACGCUGCAACCAUCACCAUCUUCCUCCCCAUUCUCUCUCCUCUGGCUGAAGCCAUCCAUGUCAACCCGUUAUAUGUUCUCAUCCCCACAACACUGUGCACAUCCUUCUCCUUUCUGCUGCCAGUGUCCAAUCCACCCAAUGCUGUUGUUUUCUCAUAUGGACACAUUACCAUCAUGGACAUGGUGAAGGCAGGUAUUGGUGUCAAUGUGAUUGGACUUCUAGCGGUUCUACUGGCUGUGGCAACAUGGGGAAUUCCUCUCUUUUCUCUUGACACAUACCCUGACUGGGCACCAGUUCUCCCAGGCUUUAACUCCACAUUGCCUUAACAUCUCAACUGUCUCAGGGACAUCGGUGUCCUCACGGAACGUAUUUUUUACUUCUAAGUGUUAUAGUUUGUACUAUAACGCUUAGAAGCUACAAGCUAAAUUCUGACGCAUUCAGCUUGUAGCCAAUGACACUGCCGUCACGUGGAUGUAUCAUUUCUGGGGGUGGAAAUUUAAGUCCCCACAGCGGCUACAUGCAAAGCAAAUCAGUUUUCUGCACCCCCAGUGCGUCUUUCUGCGUAAAAGACGUUUUUCUGUGUCAGAGGUUUAUUCUUGCCCUACUGUAUUUCAAUCAUGUUGACAGUGAAUUUGUGGGGACAGGAUUCCUCAGGAAUUACCUUUCAAUAGAGUCGUCCCUGAUGUGUCUGUGUAUCAGUAAACCGGGGUUACAGACUUCUGAAGUUGGCAUGUCCAGGCGUUCUCUAUUUUGGCAGUUUGGACACAUUUGGAUAAAUCUGGAGAACAUAUCCACAAAAAAACAGGGCUGACUUCAGAUUUGAACCUGACAUAGAAAAGACUUGUCUCCUUUGGCUCGUUUAUUUUUACAACUAGUACCUCCUUGCAUCAGUCUGUAGCUGCAUGACAGACAUUUAAAAAAAAAAAAA